GCGCAUAAAAGUGACCAUGCAAAAAGGGUAUUAGUAACUGAAAGCUGCUUUAGGUUUUAUUGGAUAAUUUAACUCAAAUGUACUCUCUGACUUUUAGGUUGCUGUACGAAAAUUCUUAUAAACUACAGUACUGUAUUAUCGUGUAAUAGGUUUGUUUAUUAUACAUUAUUACUCAAAAAUUGCCUUUUCCCGCCUAAACGAAACCGGUCAGUGAUAACUGUUACAAAUUGCUGGUAGGCAGUGAUAGUACGAAGUAUUUAGGUGUCAGUUUAAAGAAACUGGCUGUUCUGUGUCACGGUAUUACUUGCGAAACAGCUACAAUAACCCAGUUGAGCUGUGUAAUAGCCAUAGCAUGAAAGUUGCUAUGGAGAUGAUGUCUUCUCGCAAAUAUGCCAUAUUUAUCUGUCUGACCAUUUUAGGUUUAUUUGCGACUUACCUUAUCUCUGAAAAGACAAAUAUUUCGACCAAUUUUGAGCCAAACAAAAGGGUUGGUGAGGUAAAACACUCAGAGUCAGUUAUAGUUAAUUUUCAAAAUUUACUACAGCAGUAUCUAAAAAUUCCGUUUGGAUCUAAAAUAUGGAGAACUUUUUAUCCCGAGGUGGAUGCACUGUUAAGAUUAAUAGAAGACAACAAGUUGAAAUGGCCAGCGCCUAUUACAAAAACGACGUCCGCCAAUUUAACAAAACUUUCGGUAAAGAAUCGUGCUGAAGGAUACAUAGUGGGGGAUACUGUUGUCGCAACUAUAGAAGCAAAGAAUGGACUGGGAGAGAGGAAACAACAUGGCGGGGAUUACUUUUACUGCAGAUUAAUGAGCACAAGUGAGGAGGGCGAUAUAUUGAACACCGGUUUAGCGUGUGACAUAAUUGAUCACGGCAAUGGAUUUUACACAGCGUCCGCCCCACUGCUGUGGCCGGGUAAUUCAACGUUGUUCGUGGACCUUGUACAUUCAAGCGAAGCAGUUGUGGCGCUUGCUUUGGAAAGUGCAGCAAGCUCCGCCAAGGACAUUCACUUUGUUUCCACAUAUCCCUCUGGAGAGGAAGUGGACUGUAAUGUUGGCUUAAAGCCGAAUCCGAGUCGUCCCUUGUGCAAUCUUUCCCACCCGGAAAAAGGUUCUUCGUGGUUUUGUUAUUCCGACAGUGCAGGAAACUGUCCCGAUGUAACUUAUACGGAAACCAGAUACGACAACCGAGUUUCGUUUGUUGGAACAACCCCACUGUUUGACCCAGCAACUAAUUUCAAAGUCCCAAUACAAAUGCAAGGCAAUGUAUUUCAAGUUAAGGAUUCCACGUAUACGAGCGAUAUAUUAAAAAACUUACCUAGAUGUGAAACGGAAUCUGGCGUGUCAGAAAGAUCAUUUGAAAAUAAAGCUGGAUUUCAAAGCGGAUUUUAUCUGAACGGUCAGUGGCAAUCUCUUCAAUGCGAACCACGCGUUGCCACAUUGCCGCCGGAACAAUGCUUACAAAACAAAGUGAUUUAUUGUCUUGGCGAUUCAACUAUGAGGCAAUGGUACUUUGCAUUGAAGAAACAUCUACAACUAAACGACAACCCGACCAAAAUGCAAGGGAGACCUAACCAAGAUGUAUGGCAAGUUCCCCGCGUUGGAUACAGACCUAGUCAUAACAUAACUGUAUAUUACAGAGCCCAUGGGUUACCUUUACAUAACCCAGGACCCCCCGAGUCGCAUACUUUUAUUGUGGAUACUUUAAAAGAAAUCGACACGGCUAAUGGGGAAAAUACUUUAGUUGUGAUAAAUCUAGCUUUACAUUUCCAACUAGUAGAUCCUCUUUUUUACAUACAAAGAUUACAAGCUGUAAGGAGUGCUAUACUUGAACUCCAGCGACGCACACCCGGUGUUAAAGUAUUUAUACGCGGUUGCAUCAGACAUAGAAAUACGAUGAAGGUUGUGCCAACAGAAUGGUAUAGUUAUAGACUUAACAAAAUCCUCCGAAAAACAUUCGCAUCGUUACCGGGUGUAGGUUUUAUUGAUGUGUGGUCCAUGACCACCGUGUUACCGAACCUUGAAAACAUACAUCCCACGGACGAAAGGGUUUGGGAUCAUAUUCGGCUGUUUAUGUCAUAUUUCUGUUAAAACAGACUUUGAUUUAGUAUUUAGUCAAUAAUUUAUAUUUCUUAAAUUGCCAUUUGUUGCAUUGUGCUGCUGCUUCUAGGUAGUUUUUUUUAUUUCGUUUAUUGUAUUUCGUAAAUAUUGUGAAAACAAUAAUUAUACUAUGCCAUUGUUUUUAAUGGUUCCAUUUUCGAUACUUUCAAAUAAAAGAAACUUUUACAAAAUGA